CACCUCAGUUCCGUUCCAUAUCAUCAGCCCAAGUUUUGCUUAAUAAAAAAAAAGCCCAAGUGCCCAACUGCCCCAUCGUCCCGACUACGGAACCCCCACCGUCCUGGAGUCCUGGACGCUUGCUUGCCUCUGCCGCCGCCACCACCACCCUGCCUCGCCUCUUCCCUGGCCCCCACCACCCUUCAUUCACUUCGUAAGCCAUCUCUGUGCCACGUCUGAAAUCAGAACGGUUCUGCUAUUUUAGUGGUCGGUGUCUCUUCGUCACAUGCACCUAAAAAUUUUCUUCCCGAUUCCAUUAUAUUAUUGUUUUUUUCUUGUGCGCUUGCGAUCUUUGAAGAAGAUGCGUAUGUGAGAUUGAUAUUGCAUCAAAAGGUGAUGAACUAUCAUUUGUUAUAGCUAUUAUAGACAGUUUAAUUAAAUGUUGGUUUGCUUCAACUCUAUGCCCGUAAGUUUGUUUCUAUGCUUACUUGCCUGUCUCCUUGUUUUCUUCGUCAUCUGAUCAUGCCUUCCGUUUUCUGCAGGAUGGCGCAAGUCCAAGGCUCACCGCCAUGGCCUGACCUCCCUCCAAAGCUCCUCGGUCUGGUGUUCCUUCGCUUGCCUACCUGUGCUGAUCGGGCCUUCUUUCCUGCCAUUUGCCGCACGUGGUGCUCCGCGGUGCAGCAGUGCUGCCUGCCCUCGCCGUCACCAGUGCCAUGGCUCGUGCUGCUAGGCGUCAACGUAAUCAGCUUCCCUCACGGUGAAACCUUCUAGUUGCCGGAGGGUGUGCGGUACCACAACUCUUGUGGUGAGUGGCUUCUCUUGUCCUGCGAUGACCACAAUUGCUUCUUGAUGAACCCAUUCACCAAGGCCACCAUGCCGCUUCCCAGCCUGUCUUCAUAUAGCUACUACGAAGACCCUGUGGAAGUCGCCGAAGAUUGUAUGGCUCAACAGGGUGACAUGCCACUAGGCACGUGGUCGCAAAACAAGUAUGUAGAAGAGAUAUCCGUAUUAUCACUAGUUGUGUGCUCCGCACGCCUCAUUGCUGCUAUAGUCGCUGUUGGGGCUCUCGGUACAAUUGCACUAUGCCACUCUGGGGCUACUGCAUGGUCAGUGAGCGCACAUGAGGAGUGCAGGUGGCUGACACACAUGGUCUUCUUCCAAGGGAAACUCUAUGCUCUUGACAGCAACACUGACCGUGAGGAUCUUAUUUCCAUUGACAUUGUGGACGAGCAUGACAACGAUGAGCCAAGGGUGUCUAGAAUUGAGCGCCUCAUCGAGGGAGACUCCCGACCAUGGCACCAAUAUUUCUACCGCAUGCACUACCUCCUUGAAUCUCAUGACAGACUGCUAAUGGUCCGCAGAAAACUUUCCUACAUGAUAGUGCACAGAUCUGGAAUAGGAGAUCACGAUAUUAGAGUGCCUGUUAGCAGCGAGUUUGAAGUGUUCAAGGCUGACUUUGAGCUGGGCUUGUGGUCUGAUGUGAGUACUUUGGGGAAUGACCAAGCAUUGUUCCUUCGGCAAGGAUGCUCGAGAGCUGUUCGUGUGUCUCCAUAUGAUCUUUCACGUGACUGUCUCUUCUUCAUAGAUGAUUACACCGACUGGUCUUGGAAGAAAACAACUACAUCUUGUGGAGUGUAUGACAUGAAAGAUGAGAAGGUCUAUUCGCCCUUGCCUACGGUAAGACAAAUGAGUUGCAAGCAGCAGGGAAGCAUCUUCGGGAAUUUGUGGAUGUUGAAAAGGAGGAUCCUCUUACGCUUCCAUGUGGAGGAACUUGUGUUGCUGGUGCUUCUACUGCUUUGCAGAAGUGCUAGAAAGGGUAAAAGAAAUCUUCAUGCAGUGAUGUGUUCCUACAGGAAAAAGAGUUACAAUGGAAGCCAGAUGUGCUUGGAUAUCAGUAGCUCGGAGCUGCAUGAAAACAAUGCUUGGACUGUUGGUACCUGAUACUUUUUUUUAUGUCCACAUUGUCGCUCCAAACACCCCGAUGUAAUGAAAGAUGGUCUCUACGUUUGGCAUGAGUGACUGACGGAGAAGUUUGAGGAGGAUCCUUUGGUAAUAUGAUCAAUGAUUCGUUAUGUAAAGCUUAUAAUCACCGUGGUUGUGUUUCUAUUUCAUAAUCCUGGUGACCUUGUUCUGGUAUGGGGUUGUGCGCUUAGAGCUCCGUGUUUAGUUUUAUGUAGGAUAACCAUAUGUUGUUGGUAUGGAUGCUCAAGAAGUCCAGUCAGAAGUGAUCCUGAACAAAGUACAGAAACAAGUAAAGAAAGGUGAGGAAUGUCGUUA